UGGCCGUCCGCCGCGACGCCCGCGGGCGCCCGACGGAGGGGACCACCCCGGCCUCUGAAUCUGGAGAAACCGAGACCCAAGAAGGGCAGUGCCUGCCCAAGCAUUGGAAAGACUGGUCCCUGCCGCGCCGGAUGCCAUGAUUUGCUAAAAGUGAGCCUGGCUUUUCAGCUACCUUGGGGCGCGGCGUAGGGGGUACAGAGCCAUGUCGGACCUGCUACUUCUGGGCCUGAUUGGGGUCCUGACUCUGCUGCUGCUGCUGACGCUGCUGGCCUUUGCCGGGUACUCAGGGCUGCUGGCUGGGGUGACAGUGAGUGCUGGCUCACCCCCCAUCCUCAAUGUCACUGUGGCCUACAAGUUCCACAUGGGACCCUACAGCGAGACUGGGAGACUUUUCACCGAGAGCUGUAGUGUUUCCCCCAAGCUCCGUUCCAUCGCCAUCUACUAUGACAACCCCCAAAUGGUACCCCCUGAGAAGUGCCGUUGUGCAGUGGGUAGCAUUCUGAGCGAAGGUGAGGAAUCACCCUCCCCUGAGCUUAUCCAACUCUAUCAGAAAUUUGGCUUCAAGGUGUUCUCCUUCCCGGCACCCAGCCAUGUGGUGACAGCCACUUUCCCCUACACCACCACCCUGUCCAUCUGGUUGGCUUCCCGCCGUGUCCAUCCUGCCCUGGAUGUCUACAUCAAGGAGCGAAAGCUGUGCGCCCACCCUCGGCUGGAGAUCUAUCAGCAAGACCAGAUCUAUUUUAUGUGUCCACUGGCACGACAGGGAGACUUCUAUGUGCCUGAAGUGAAGGAGACAGAACGGAAGAGUCGGGUCCCCGCAGAGGCCAAUGAUGCCCAGAUGGAUGGCACAGGAGCUGACACAAUGAGUGACACAAGCUCUGUAAGCCUGGAGGUGGGUCCUGGCAGCCGGGAAACUUCAGCUGCCACACUGUCCCCCGGGGUGAGCAGCCGUGGCUGGGACGAUGGUGAUACCCGCAGUGAACACAGCUACAGCGAGUCCGGCGCCAGUGGUUCAUCUUUUGAGGAGCUGGACCUGGAGGGCGAGGGCCCCCUGGGGGAGUUAAGGCUGAGUCCUGAGGCUGAGCCUCUGGGGGCUGCCAAGUGGCCCCGGGAGCCCAGUACUCCUGAGAAGGAUGAGGAGUAGCGCAUGGCCAGCACCCUCCAGUGGUUGCUAAGGAACUAAGCAGACUUUCCAGUCCUCUUCCUCCUCCGCAUCCAGGGCCCAGGCUGGGGCCAGAGGUCUCAGAGGCCCUGAAUUCACCACCCAAGGCCUCUAGUUAAGCCUUCUCCUCACUGCCCUCUCAGCUCCCAGGGCCAAAGUUGCCAGGGAAUGUUUCUACACUCAGCCCACAGGGCUGCUGCCCCGUUACAUCUUUUUCAGAUUCACAUUGGAGCUUCCAGGACCCUGAAUAAAGCAAAUGAUUUUCUUUCA